AUGUGGAAUCUUUCAACUACCAUUGUGCUUCCCUUGGCCUUCGGUGGCCUAAGCACCGCAUCUAUUUCGACGGGGCCUUCCAUUACUACCGCAACGGGCACUUUUAAGCCCACAUCAGGCGCCUCUUGUGCUUGUGCGAAGCUAUCACGGACUUAUACUGGAGUAAUUUACCCCCAGAGCUCAAAUUAUACUGCCCAGGCUGCUGAUGCAUACUGGGAUAUUCGAGCCGAUCUUUCGCCUGCUUGUAUAUUCUUGCCCGAAACCGCCGAUGGGGUCUCUAAUGCACUCCAAAUAUUCGGCUCCUGUGAUGCACAGUUUGCUGUUCGUGGUGGUGGCCACAUGAAUUACCCAGGUUCCAACAACAUCAAUGGCGGUGUCCUUCUAGCACUGGAGAGACUCAAAGAUAUUAAGGUGAAAGCAAGUACAGUUGAAGUAGGUCCUGGACUCACCUGGUAUGAUGUUGAAGAUAAACUCGAGCCAUAUGGUCGUAUCGUGAUAGGUGGUCGCCUGAAAACCAUCGGUGUCCCUGGCCUUAGCCUCAUCGGAGGCUUUCAUUACUUUAACAACAAAUAUGGCUAUGCAAUGGACAACGUUGUGAGCUAUGAUAUUGUACUUGGGAACGGAACCCAUAUUCGAGCAACUAAGAGCUCAUACCCGGAUCUCUUUUGGGCUUUGAAAGGGGGCGCCAACAAUUAUGGAGUGGUCACAAAGUUUGAACUCGAGACGUAUGACAUUCCAAAAAUUAGCACAACAAUCCAGCUUUACAACGAGACAAGUAUCCCUGCGUUUCUUACGGCAGUUUGCGAGGCUGCAAAGCUUGACGAUGCGAAUCCUAUUGCAGCUGGAAUGGUUGCCACUGUGUCAUACAAUGCCACCACAAAAGCUAUAUCGGGCUCAAUACUUGGUGUUCAAGAAGGCAUCAGCGAACCUCCCUCUCAAUUCGCCAAUUUUUCGGCAGUCCCCGCAACAACAAGGAUCAACAAUGUUACCACUAUGGCCCAGUGGACAUCUACUCUAGAUAGCCCCAAACAAAUGUUCCGGUCAGUCAACAUGGCCUACUUGAAUAUUUCAGACAGGGAUAUACUGAUUCAACGUGCAUUUGACAGAGUCAUGUUCUCACACAAGAGCAUGAAGCCAGAUCCUGAGGCUCUUUACUCCAUAUACAAAGCAUGGAAAGAUUCUGUCGACAAGAUCUCCGAUGUGCAGGGUCUUUAUCCAACAUUUGUCACAAAUGUCCAUUCCGCAGGUGCGGCACGAGUUGGCCGUACCAACGGUAUUGGCAAUGUUUGGGGUCUCAUGGAGGAACCUAUGAUAUUGUGGCAAUUUAGCACUGGUUGGGACCUCCAGCAAGAUGAUCUUCGUAUCGAAGCUUGGUCUCGUCAACUGGCUGAGCAUCUCCACGCUAUCAACGUGAAAAAGGGACUUGCCUUUGACUUCGUGUAUAUGGGCGAUGCUGGUGAAUGGCAAGAUCCAUUUGCGGGAUUUCCUGUUGAGAAUAUUGAUCGGAUGAGAGAUAUUAGAGCGUUGUAUGACCCCGAGGGAAUCUUUUCUAGGUUGAAUUGGGGUGGCUUUAAAUUGGGCCUAUGA